AUGGAUCGUAGAUCCCGACUUCAGCCAGGGCGCCGAGCUCGCCACAAUUACAACGAUCUGUGCCCACCCAUAGGCCGCCGGGCAGCCACCGCGCUCCUCUGGCUCUCCUGCUCCAUCGCGCUCCUCCGCGCCCUUGCCACCUCCAGCACCCGCGCCCAGCAGCGCGCGGCUGCCCAGCGCCGGAGCUUCCUAAACGCCCACCACCGCUCUCCCGCCCAGGUAUUUCCCGAGCCCCCUGAAUCUGACCACGAGGACAUAGACCUCGAGCCCUCCCUCCCCGAGUGCCCAGAGUACCAGGAAGAAGAGUUCGACUACGAAUCCGAGUCCGAGUCUGAAAUCGAGUCCGAGACCGAAUUCGAGACCGAGUCUGACACCGCCCCCACCACUGAGCCGGAGACCGAGCCCGAGGACGAGCGGGGCCCCGUGGUGCCCAGGCGCCCCACCUUCCACCAAUCUCUCACCGAGCGCCUCAGCGCCCUGAGGCUGCGGAGCCCCGACGCCUCCCCGGCUCGUGCGCCGCCCAGCACUCAGGAGUCUGAGAGCCCCCGACAAGGGGAGGAGCCCAAGGACAAGGAUCCGAGGGACCCCGAAGAGUCUGAGGAGCCAAAGGAGGAGGAGAAGCAGCAGCAGCGCCGCUGCAAGCCGAAGAAGCCCACCCGCCGCAACCCAUCCCCCGAGUCCCCUUCCAAAAGGGGGCCCAUCCCCAUCCGGCGUCACUAA